AUGGCUCCUUCAGCAACUACCACCACCACCACCACUACUGAGGAGCACCCAACCCUCACCCUCCGCCCCGAGGGACUUGAGCGCAUCGUGAUCGAUGGCAACAACAGACGAUACGGAGACUGGAGAGAUGACCUUGUCCGUGACGGAUAUGCCGUUGUCAAGGGUGCUAUUCCCAGGGAGCGAGCUCUGAGCUACGCUAACCGUAUGUACGGUCUGAUUGAGAGCUUCGGCCUUGGAUACAACCGAAACGACCCCUCAAGUGUCCACCCCGACAAGCUUCCCGUCAUCAACGAGAAGGGUAUGCUUCUGAACUACGGUGCCGCCCACGAAGACUUCGUAUGGGGAGUUCGAUCUGAGCCUGGUGUUGUCGGAGCUUUUGAGAAGGCUCUUGGAUCUGAGGAUCUCAUUGUCUCCUUCGACGCUAUCAACUACGGCUUCGCAAACAGAGAAAACCUUCCCGAGAAUAAGCCUUGGCCUCAUCAAGAUCAGGACCCUGAUGUGCCUGGAUUCCGCUGCCUCCAAGGACUUGUCAACCUUCUUCCCAACGGCCCCAAUGACGGCGGUCUCAUUGUCGCAAAGGGCGGCCACACCAAGAGCAAGCAGUUCCACGAUGAGAUCCGUGGUACUGAAGAGCGCAUUCCCGCCUGGACUAAGGAGUGGUACGGAUUCACCGACAAGGGAAUGAAGUGGCUCGAGGAGCACGGCUGCGAGUGGUACAAGGUCGAGGCUGAGCCUGGUGACCUGAUCCUCUGGGACUCCCGAACCCCUCACUAUAAUAUUCCUGUGAAGAGCCAACAAGACCGCUUCGCCAUCUACACUUGCUUCAUGCCUGUGUCCGAGGCGUCUCAAGAGGACCUCAUCCGCAAGAAGGACGCUUUUGAGCGCAGAGUCGGCACAACACACUGGCCCAACGCUCGCCACCUCGGCUCUAAUGAGGCCAAGCGCAACGGCAAGCCUGAUCACGUAGUACGCGACAGACCUCUGCACGAACCCGUUCUGAACGAGAGGGCUUUCAAGUUGACGGGUAUUCCUUACAUCAAGGCAGAAGCUAGCUAG